AUGGCGUCCUUCGAAGAGGACGUAAAGUCGUCGGUCCCGUUGAUUGUUCCUGUCCUCAUUGCAUGUAAAAGAACAAGUUUUCUUUAUCGAAAAGAGAAGCAGAUCUGCUGGAUGUCUGUCCUUUCUCUAAUAUUCUCAGAUAUGCCCCGUGAUGUAACCAAUAAUGGUAUUACAUCUGCAAUACCCCCUGACAACGAACGACUGAAAUUGACAGAUUUUACACCAGAUACGUCAUACGACACGCACGGAAACCCAGAAGGCAAAGAACUUAUACAAGUGAAUGACAUAUUUUUAACCGAAGAAGAACAUGAAUAUUGGCGAAAAGCUAUCAUUUACGUUUCCAUAGCAACAAUAAGCAUACUAUCAUUAUUCGCAAUAGCGUUUCUUUUAAUAUCAUUCUACACUGACAGUGCAGCAGCAUUGAGUCUAUCGUUUGAUAUGAUAUUAGAUGUCUUGUCAUCCGGGGUUAUCCUUUGGAGGUUUUCCGGGAAAUCUGUAACACUGGGAUCGAGCGAUAAAGAAAACAAGACCAUCAUUGUAUUAGGAUGCAUGUUUAUCGCGUUUUCUGCGAUUAUUAUUUGUAAAGGCGUGGUGACACUUAUAUGUCAAGAUAAAGUAACAUCGCUUAUAUUGUUAACAACAUUAAGUACCGCGGGUGCCAUAGUAACCACUAUUUUAACAAUUAUAAAAUUAACUAUAGCAAGAAGAUUACAUUCCAAGAGCAUGUAUUGUGAUGCUUUUAGUUCUGCAAUGGGGGCUAUCACUGGGUAUAGCAUGUUGGCAAGUACAAUAGCAUACGCAUUAGUAGGAAUUUGGUUCUUGGAUGCUUUCAUCGCCAUCUUGGUUGGCAUCACUAUGGCACUGUGGGGUAUUAUGUUAUUGGUGCGCCAUAUCAGUUGCAAGAAAACUCCCAAACCCGAGAAGAACGGACUGGUAUAA